UCCUUUUAUAUAUAUUAACCUAUAUAUCUGUUCGUCUACAUUUAUCAUAUGCUCCUCCCUCAUCCCUCUGUUUUCCACCCUUUUUGGUGUCAUAUCAUCUCUGCUUUCUACGCUGUUCUUUUGAUCCCUCUUCUAAUUCUCUUGCUAGAAGAAAUUAAUCCUUUUGCUUUCCAUUUCGGCAAUCGGCGAUUCUCCAAAUCCACUUUAGUUUUAUAUAUCUCAGCACAUAUAUAUAUAUAUAUAUAUAUAUAUUUACAUGGAAGACGACUCAGCUUCGUAUAUCCGGAUGGUGCACCACUUGAUAGAGGAGUGUAUUGUAUUCAAGAUGAGCAUGGAAGAGUGCAUGGAAGCCCUCUCCAAGCAUGCAAAUAUCAAGCCCAUCAUUACUUCCACAGUGUGGAAGGAGCUGGAGAAGGAGAACAAGGAGUUCUUUGAGGCAUACAGGAAGAGCAGAGAAGAGAUGGUGAAGUUGAGGAAGGAGGCUUCUGAAAUGGAGACAAGGGAAGGGAUUCAGAGGGUGCUCUCUGUUUCUGAUGCUGCUUCCAAAACUGAUCAUACCCGCUACUAGUCUUGCAGUUGCAUUAAUUCGUAUAAACAACGUUAAAGGCCAGGCAAGGCCCAGCUCGUGUUAUUUUCGUAAUUGACUUGGCAACAUAGGGGUAUUUUAGGUAGAAUAAGGUGAAAGGAGAAUGAGAGAGAGACAAGUGAAGAGUUAAAAUAUGCCGAAAGAUACGUCGUCGUAUGUUCGGUGUCAUGCAAGAAAGAUAAUACAGAUCAAAGGUGGUUGGGAAGCGUGAGGAAUUUGUGUGGCCGGGGGGUUGCAUGGAUUCGCAACACGUUUAGUACACGGGGCGUGUUGCUUUGGAUGCAUGCGUGCGUGCGUGCUCGAGCAGUACUAAAAUUGUAAUUUCACCAUGUCUAUAUCACGUCAUUAAUUUCCUCUUUAUUUUUUCCUCCAAAA